AUGUGUAUUGUCCAUUGGACUUGGUCGGACACAUUUCAUAAUAGGUGGGUUAUGAUAGCUGAAACACGGAAGCGCAUGAACGCAUUGGAAAGAAUUGAUAUCAAAAAUCUACCCGAAGGAUCAGAGUGUACAUUCUGCAAGAGAGUGUUUACUGACAAAGAUAAUCAAGUGGUGCUUAAACGGAGUGAGUCAGAAUACAAAAACGAUAGUCACGUAUUUGUUCAUUGGGAUUGCUGCGAAUGUGAGUGGAAUGAAAGGGUUGUUGAGUAUGAAGAGCGCCACGAUUUCGAUGAUCUGGAAGAGUUCAAGAAUCUUAAGUAUUUCAACUUCAGAAAAGAGAUAGAAAUUCAUAUGAACUCAAUAGAGAAAGUCGACGCCAAAACUUUACCAGAAGGAAAAGAAUGUGGAGGCUGCAAUAAGAAGUUCUCUGAGAUGAAAAAUCCAGUGGUACUUAAACCGUGGGAUUGCAACUUGGACAACGAUCACAGAUAUUUUGAAUGGGACUGCUUAGAAGAUUUGUUUACACGGGGAUAUCUCAGAGAUUGUUGCAUGAAGAACGGUUACUGGAAUGGUCGUUGCUGCUUUCCUUUCAAGGACGUCCUUUUCGACUAUGAUGAAGACUUCCAAAAGUUUAAGGAAUACGCAGUAAAGAAUGACGAAGUUAUAGAGAAAGUGGUACCUAAACUAAGUUCUCAUCUCUAA